AUGUGGUACCAUGUAUUUAUAGGAUCGUUUAGGAUUCGACGGAUUGUGGAUCGGAGUCCUGAAUACUCCGAAAUCGCAAACCCUAGCCUCUUAGCGCUAGGCGGCGACACCGGCCCGCUACCACCACCGACUGACUGUACUGGUGCCUCGGGGGCACCUCUAGCCAAGAGGAACACCCGAGGGCCGUGUCGGCAGCUGAAGACGGCGAAGGUCACCCGGGUGACCAACAGUCGUAUCAGCAUCGGAUAUGACGAGCGCCAUCGGGCUGCACCGACGGCGGACUUGCAUAGCUCCUUGGCCCACGACAUUGGCCACGUCGUUCGGACCCAUUGCCCGAUGCAAUGGAAGUCUUGGAAGGUCAUGCCUGACGAGAUCAAGAUGCAAGUUCGCGGCCAGUUGUCGACGAACUACGACUUAGAGGACAUCAACGAGGAGACCUUGGCGUUUGAUGAUCCGCAAGUCGCUCUUCAGGAGGGUUGCCCGAAGGAGCUUGAGGGGCGGGAGGAUAGUUGGGCGUGGCUCUGCGCUCAUUUUCAGGCGCCCGAUUAUGUGAAUAAAGCCCAAGUGAAUAAGGGCAAUAGGAAGAAGAAGACUCUUCUUCACCAUUCCGGCUCCAGGCCCUUCUCAUAUAGGAUGGAUGCACGGCGUCGGGGGGGGUCGAAAUUCCCAGAGAUCGACGUCUUUGGUGACGUUUAUGUUCAACCUGGGAAUGAGUUGGCCGAGUCCCUUCAUACGACGAUGGUGGAGAGGAGCCAGUUGGUUCUUCAAGAGUCCGCCUCCCAACUUCCUCCCGAGACUCUGAUUGAGUUUGUGGAUCCUCCGAAUGAUGCUGGAUUUCAGAUUUUGACACAGACGUUGGAUCAAACUCUCGGGAGGAGGCCGGGAACGUGUUGUACGGGGAUGGGGAAUGCCCGACAGAGGGAACCUCGACCGCGGUCAUCGUCGCAGGCAAACAGUCAGGUGACUGUUUUGACAUCGCGGGUUGCCGAGCUUGAGGGUCAGAUGUCGGUGAUUCUGCAGUCCCUCGCGCGGUCCGGCAUUCCAAUCCCGAAUUUUGGUGCGUCGACCUCCGAGCCCGUCCACCCCGAGCAUCCCCAGCACACCACGGCCCCUGCAGACGCCCAUACCUCCGAGCCGCAUGUGGCAGAUGACCAAGUAGAUUUUGGAACAUUAUUUGAUUAG